AUGCAGGCUUUGGAUCUGCCCAAAGAAAUCCUAGCACAGGUCUUGUCCUAUCUGGCCCCCGCGGACAUUGUUCAUAUUGGUCAAACUUGCAAGGCUGCGCAUGAAUUUGUCCGUCCCGAGAACCAGAUCCUCUGGAGAUCAGCUUUCUUGCAUGUCUUUGAUGAUCCCAACGAUGCUUGGUCCAUGAUGCCCGGUCACCUGCCACUGGCGGCAGAGCGUGGGUGGGAUUGGCAUCGCGAACUUUCCGCUCGACUGAUGGCUCUACAACGUAUCCAGUCAAAACGAUGUGGUCUCGAGGCUCGUGCAGAAGCCUAUCUCAAAUCCCUACUCGAAAUCCUCGACACGGCAAAGUUCGCACUCAAUCCUCGUGAUAUUGCUAACGGCAAAACUCCCAAGGAGGACGAUCGGACAACCUCGUUGAACCUCCAAAUCCUCUCCGGCCUGGUUGCCCACCGGGACGGCAUCGAGAGUCUCAUCCACGACGUGGGAACACAGAGGGCGAUGUGGCGCGCCAGACCUGACGACCCCCUAUUGGGUUCGACAUUACGUUUCACCAGGAGCAUGGCCGCGAUUGAGAAUGACAAGAAUCGACCAGAGUCCGCCUCUCGGCUCCAUGUACUUUACGGCCUGACAACUCGUGAGCGGAUCGAGCACAGGGCUAGAGGUGCUGCCAGGCGGAAAGUAUACAAUUGGAGUUUAAGUGGCCCAGAAAAUGAUUACGGCCCCUUUCGUCGCGAUGGCAGUGGGGAGGUCGACUGGUCUCUCCUCGAGGCCAUCUUCAGCGUCAUCAGCCGCAAUUUCUCCAUGUGUGUCGAAGGCCGCAUUGCGAUGCCACAAGGUUUCUGCUUUUCUCUCCCUCACCGCACUCUGGCCGAUCCAACCACCCCCAAUGACUGGGCGCGCGUUACGGGGUCUUGGUUAGGGACGUACGCCUGGCUCGACUACGCCGACCUCGUCGCAUUCAACACUUGGAGCAGUGAACUUGCCGCUCAGCCGAGCCUGGACGACGAACCCGAAGACUGUGGCGAUCUGAUGAAGCUCGAACUCAAGCUCGAUGACACCGUUUCUUCCGAUCCUCGGUUGAUGACGGCCCUUCCCGUGUGCACUGACUUACCCGUGCUAUAUUUCUCAGGUCUUUCUCGUGGCCACGCCGGCAUACACCGGCCAGUCAUAGCGGUCAGAGGUUGCACCAGCCUCGUCCCAGGUGGACGAGAGGUGAGAUGGAGAUUCAUCAUCAACUACGGCGGUCAGGAUCAGUGGCAGUUGGAAGGCGUCCAGCCCGGGGGCAUCAGGUCCGGCGGCGUGUUCGGGUUGUGGACACAAUGCGAUCAUGAGGACAACGGCCCGGUCGGCCCAUUCUGCUAUUUCCCGACCGAGCUUUGCAAGCCAACAAGCGUUGUUUUGGCUACUUGA